AUGCUUCUCAGUGUUUUGUUUUGUUUUUUGUUUUUAUUCUUAACUAUUUUUUUUUCUUGGUUUUUUCUUGAGUUUUUGCGACAACAGAAGAUGUAUCUUUUCAUGUUUUGGGUCUGCCUUUUCUUUUUGUUUGUAUGGAUGAUCUCUUUUCUUUUCUUUCUCUCUCUCUCUCUCUCUUUCUCUCUGUUGUGGCUGUGGUGGUGGUUGUGUUGUUUUAACGUCUCCGAAGAGUCCGUGAGAGUUUCCGUGUUGUGCCCCCCUUUGGCGUUUUCGGAGUUUCUUUCUUCUUUAUAUAAACAGUUUUUUUGUUUUUACUUGAAUGCGCGUGUAUGUGUGUGUGUGUGUGUGUUUUUUUUGACUCGGGAACUGGGUUUCUGUAUUCGGUGCCUUUUCCUACUUUCUUUUUGGGGGGUUGCUGACUGGAGAAUUUCAAAGUGGAUUACACAUGUUUUUGUUUGGUUUCUUCCACUGUUUGUGUAUCCGCGAUGUCUCUGUGAGCUUUUUAAAUUUGUUUUGCUUUUUACUACGUGCUUUCCUCUACGCGAUGCACACAUCUAUUGUUUUUUUUUUGUUUUUUUUUCCAUUAUCGUUUCUAAUAGCUUUUUCGGCCCUCGUGAGCCGCUCCUUUUUCUUGCCUUCAUCUUCUUUUAUUUUCUUUCUUUCUUCUCUCUCUCUCUCUCUCUCUCUCUGUUCCUCCGCUCGGCGAUCGUGUCGCGAGGUUGUGCACCGUGCAGUGCGUGGUCGCUCUCUCUCUCCCGCCACCUCACCACUUUCACUCAAGCAGGCAAUGUAUAG